UGCAACUUUGUUAUAAUUAAUUUUACCUGUGAAAAAGUUAUUUGGGAAAAGUUUUGAAUUAAUUUGAAUUUGUAACAUUAAUGAAAGAGAAUGAGUUUUGAAAAUCACAAAACUAAAGGUGCCAACAAAAGUUCGGUGUGGUAUUAUUUUUUAACUGAUACUACUGGCAUUUCAAGAGCAAAAUGUAAAAUUUGUAAUAAAAUUUUAAAAACGAAUGGAGGUUCUACAAAAGGACUUCUAACACAUUUGGGGAUCCACAGUAUAAAACUACAAAAAGAUAUCACAGACGAACCUCAAGCUAAGAUAUUAAAAAAUACAAAUUUUACUGUUUUACAAGAGGAUUCACUUGGCGCUUCUAUUGCACGUAUGACGGCUGUUGAUGGUUUUCCCUUUUCGGUUUUCAUAACAUCUUCAGAACUUCGAAAAUCGUUAAUAUCCCGCGGUUUUGAUGUUCCAAAGUCAAAGGAGACUAUUAAGGCAAGAUUUAUGGACUACUACUUAAAAUGCAAAAAUAAAAUGAAAGACGAAAUAAUUAGAAUAAAAGGCAAUAAUUUAAAAUUUAGUCUGACGUUUGAUGAAUGGACAUCUACAUCCAACAAACGUUUUAUAAAUAUAAUUUUGCGUUCAUCAGACAAUUAUUUUAAUCUUGGGCUGGUUAGAUUAAAAAAAUCAGCCACGGCGGUAGUUUGUAUCCAGUAUUUAGAACAGCGUUUAAGUGAUUUUGGAGUGUCAUUGUCAAAUGAUAUUGUAGGCUUUACAACAGACGGGGCUUCCACAAUGAAAAAAAUUGGCAAAAUAAUUGCCCCAAAGCAACAAUUAUGCAUAGCCCAUGGGUUGCACCUUGCAUUAGUAGAUAUAUUGUACAAGUCAAAUGACUUCCCAUGCGAAAAUGAAUUAUCGUCUUCAGAUGAAGAUGAAGAAUUUGACUCUUUUACAAUUUUAAAAGGAGAUAUCAAAAGCGACCUUACCGAAAAAUUCAAUAUAAAAACGCUAAUUGAAAAAGUUAGAAAAAUUUCAAAAAUAUUUAGAAAGUCACCCACUAAGAAUGAAAUUUUACAAAAAUAUGUAAAAGAAAUGAAAGGAAAAGAACUAAAAUUAAUGUUGGAUUGUCAAACUAGGUGGAACACUUUGUUUGACAUGUGUCAACGAUUUAUGGAACUGGAAAUACCAAUUAAAAAGGCCUUAAUUGAUCUAAAAUCUCAUCAAAUAUGUGAUGAGGAAUUUCAGUUGCUUAAGCAAAUUGUUCUGAUUUUAAAUCCAGUUAAAGUUACAGUUGAAGCUCUUUGCCGCAGGGAUAUGAAUUUAUGUAAAGCCGACGCUGCUCUAUCCUUUAUGCUUAAUGAAAUAUCGAAAAUUGAUUGCAAGUUAAGUGAUGAACUAAUAAAAUCUCUUCUUAAAAGAAUAAAGGAAAGAAGGACUAUCUACUCAACACUUCUCAAUUUUUUAAAAAAUCCAAAAUUGAAUUCCGAAUUUGAUAACAGUACAGAUCUGUUCGUUAUUAAAAAUGAAUUGAAAAAGUUAAUUGGAAAUUUUAGAACAGAUGAACAAUCCAAUAAUUCAUCUACGAAUGAUUCUGAUUCCGAUUUAUCCUUUAUGGAUGAAGCAAAUGAGGAUCCAAAUAUAUCAAUAGUAAAAAAAUUGAAUAGUGCACUGGAAAAAUGCAAAAGCCCGACAAAAAAUCCAAAUGUCCUCAAUGAUAUCGAUUCUAAUAUAGAAAAAGAAGUCGAUUUAUUCGUUUCAGGAGGUGACAGAGGAAUGUACCUACAAUCUGCAUACAACAAUUUACUCACUGUUUUACCUACAAGCGUUGAUUGUGAACGUUGUUUUUCCUCAGCUGCAUAUAUUGGGAACAAAAUUCGGUCUAGGCUGUCUGACGACACUCUAGAUGCCCUUAUAUUUUUAAGAAGCUUUUUAAAAAAGGAACAUUAAAAGAAAUUAUUUAGAAGACGUAUGUCCGAUUUCACCAACUUUAACUGGUUCCAGUUAAAACAAUUUUUGUAUGAAAAAUGUCAAAAUAACUUUCGGUUAAAAAAUAACUAGAUAUGGUGAAAUGAUUUAUAUUACUAUCUAUAAUAUUCUCAUAUUUUAAAAAAUUUGUAAAAGAAAAUUUCUAUACAUAAUUACUUAUAAAACAACACAUUUUCAAUACUAA